AUGCGAUGGCGAAAAGUUUUCGAAGCAAAUGACUACGGUAAAAUUGAUAGAAUUAUCUGGUACGACCAAGAAGGUGUCAUCGUCACUGGAAAUGGUAGGAGAGUUCGUGCGUUAAGAUACGCCGACGGGUUGGAAGUAUGGCAAUUAGCAGCUACGUCAGGAACGAAUUCCAAUGAAGAGACAAUUUCGAAAUCUUGUCAAGUGAUCAAAAAUCGAUUCGAUCCAGGUACUAUUCAUAUUCUCAACGAUGAUCUUCUAUGGAGUGUCUCAUCCUAUGGAGAGAUGCUCUGGUCGAUCGAACUACCUACAAAACUAACGCUGAAGAAUCUAUUUCUUUUUUCAACAUCUCAGUAUGUGAUCGUCGCCAGUUUGGAUUCAAAUUCGAAUAAACUCCAAGUAAUUUAUUACUCAAAACAAAAUGGUGCUCAAGCAUUCUCUUCAUCGAUUCCAUGGUCAUUCAAUGCCAAGGAUAGUCAAAGCAAAUGUUCAACAAUGAAUAAUAUCAUUUUAUGUGCCAAUAAUGCUGAACUUUCAAUGAUUACAAUUCCGACGACAACCGAUGACACAAAUAUCAACACUCGUCAAAUCCAAUUCUCCAAUCCAAUCGAACAAAUUCGAGUUUUAUACGAAAGCAGCACACGAAGUAUCGUCUCAAUCAAAACUGACAAUGGUGAAACUAAAGUUUACCAAUUCAAUAAGAAAGACUCAACCAAUGAAUGGAGUCAUCAUGAAUUAAACGUUCAAAUCAAAUCUAAUGCAUUCUAUAGUGUCGUGUCUGAUAAAACCUCUGGUGGCCAACAAAUUCUAGAAGGAUCUGCCAGUCAACAAAAGCUUAAUUUCUAUCUUUCAACUAUUAGCGAACAAACAUUGACUAAUACACGUUCAUAUUCGAUCGAACUUCCCGAAGACAUGGGUGAUAUCGAAUAUCUUUCAUAUUCCAAUGUGAAACAUACUCAAUUUGUAACAUUAAGAAUGCAAGAUGCUUCUUUACUCGUGAUUAAAUUAGCAGAUAAUGGAGCUGAACUGAUUUUACAUCGUGAUGAAGCCUUAUCUUCGAUUAUAUCAGUCGAAGCAUUCGAUUUAUCUCUAUCGAGUGGACAAAUGCGUAUCGAAGACGAAUUCGGUGGCACAGGAAUGUUCAGCAUGUUUGUUCGAAGAAUAUCAUCACAAAUCUCACAGUUAACGAGUUUUGUUGUGCGUUUGAUGAAUAUGUUCACAAAUGCAAAUGCAAAUCGUGAAUAUAUGGAUAAACAAGCAGCACUUGUUCGAGAUGAAUUUAAUUUAAAUAAGAUUCUUAUUGUUGUUACGUCUGUCGGCAAGGUUUUCGGCAUUUUAACACAAAGUGGCGGUAUUCUUUGGAAACAUCAUUUUACAGAUUUCGCACCAUUCGAACAUUUUAACACACUACAAGUGCCUUUAUUUCAUAUCCGUUCGGCCGCUCACUAUACUCACCCGCCAUUAGCAUCGAUUGUCUAUCGUGAUCGAAAUUCUUUGUAUGAAACUCAUGUGCGAACAUUUAAUCCAUACACAGGCGAUUUCGAAGAAAGUCUCAGUACGUCAUCACUCCCACAUCGUAUUAAACGUGUUUUCCUAUCCACACAAAUUGUUAAUGAUUUCUGCAAAGUCUUAUUGUUCGUUGAUGCAAAUAACAAAAUCCACACAUAUCCAACUGUGCCCUUAUCGCGAGCGUUGAGUACAACAACUCCGACAUACAUUUAUCUAUUUGAUAAAGCCGAACAAGCAUUUAUUGGGUACUACUUAACAAUUAAUGAAAAUGAACAAGAAAGUUCAACAGGUUUGAAAGAAGUUUGGCGAGUUGCAUUUCAAAAUGAACAAGUUAUCAAUAUCUACACACGAUUAAGUUCAGAUCGAGUCCAUUCGGCUGGUAUUGUCCUUGGUGAUCGUAGUGUUCUUUAUAAAUACACAAAUCCCAACUUAAUUGCUGUUGUAACUGAAGGAAUUGAUUAUCAAAAAGUUCCAUUUGUGAGUAUUUAUCUGUUGGAUACAGUUACUGGCUCAUUAAAACUUUCACAUACCCACAAACGUGUAAAAUCGCCAGUUCAUGUCGUUCUCGCUGAAAAUUGGAUCGUUUACACUUAUUACAAUCAACGAUACCGACGAUAUGAAGCUGUCAGUUCUUCAUUAUUUGAAGGUGAAGCUCAAUACAACUAUUCAACAUUUUCAUCAUUUGAUCCAAUCGAACCUGUGAUUCAAUCAAAAGCUUACAUUUUACCGUAUGGUGUCAAUGCUAUUCAAGUUACAACAACAGAGAAAGGAAUAACAUCGCGUGAUAUAAUCAUGGCAGUACCAAAUGGAAUGCUUAUUGAAAUUCCCUGGAUGUUAUUCGAUCCACGUCGACCAUUCGACUUAACACCUAUGGAUCGCGAAGAAGGUUUGAUCAUGUAUACACCAGAAAUUAUGGUUAAUUUCGAAAGUGUCAUUAACUACUAUAAACAAGUGUAUAAUAUUCGUGGUAUUCAUACAGUAUCAACAGGUCUCGAAUCGACUUCUGUUGUUUUUGCUUAUGGUCUUGAUAUGUUUUUCACACGUGUUUUUCCGUCGCGUAUAUUUGAUCAAUUGAAAGACGACUUUGACUUUAUGUUUAUUGGUUGGUCAACAGUUGCAUUUGUUGUUGGUUCUUUCAUUGCCAAACGUUACGCAGCUAUUCAUCAAACGAAGAAGGCUUGGAAAUAA